CCUAGACAAAACGAUGUCCAGAAAGCUUAAGUCUUACUCAAACUAGCAACGGCGUCGUUUGGGUUUUCUUCUCUACCGCUGCUGCUCCAAGCCUUGCUUCAGACUGGACUCGUGAAAUUAGAGUUCUGAUUUGUGUUUUUGAUUAGUGAGUGAAUUGGAAAAGAAAAACUUUGAGAGCAAAUCGCCAGGAAUUCAAGAUGGCAAUUUUCAUCAAUACCAGAGCUCUUUCCCAGUUAUUGUCAUUACCAAUUUUGCUUCUCUACAGUUCGAUAGCAUACAAUUCUUCUUCCGUCGAAGCCACUGUGCAUGCUAACAACUGGGCUAUCUUAGUUUGUACCUCUCGUUUCUGGUUUAAUUAUCGACAUAUGGCCAACACCUUAUCAUUGUAUAGGACAGUUAAGCGGCUAGGAAUACCUGAUGAGAGGAUAAUGCUCAUGCUUGCAGAUGACAUGGCUUGCAACACUAGAAACAAGUACCCUGCUCAAGUUUUCAACAAUGAGAACCAUAGACUUAACCUUUAUGGAGACAAUGUUGAGGUAGAUGAUCGAGGUUAUGAGGUAACUGUGGAAAAUUUUUUGCGUGUUUUAACUGGACGUCAUGAGACUGCUGUUCCAAGAUCAAAGCGUCUUUUGAGUGAUGAGGGAAGCCACAUUCUUCUAUACAUGACAGGGCAUGGGGGAGAUGAAUUUUUAAAGUUUCAAGAUUCAGAGGAACUACAGAGUCAUGAUUUAGCUGAUUUUGUGAAACAGAUGAAAGCCAAAUUCAGAUUUAAGGAAUUGCUGCUAGUGGUGGACACUUGUCAAGCAGUCACUCUCUUCAAUCAGCUUCAAUCCCCUGGUGUUUUGGCUAUUGGUAGUAGCAUGAAAGGAGAGAACUCGUACUCACAUCACUUGGAUUCUGAUGUUGGUGUAUCAGUUGUUGAUCGUUUCACCUAUUAUACCCUUGCCUUUUUCGAGAGGCCAAAUAUAUAUGACAAUGCCUCAUUGGGCAGUCUUUUUAGUUCUUACAAUCCAAGUAUGUUGAUGUCAACUGCAUAUUACCGUGGAGAUCUAUAUCAACGGCGUUUUUUGUGCUUCUCUAAUAUUCUGCUUCUCAUUGUCAGCUAUAUGCUCUUUUUGAUGAAUCAAGUGUUGCAUUCUGAGAGCGGUGUGCAAAAUAGUCAACUUCCCCUUUUCAAAUCCACAGCUUUCACUGCCUGUAUUAUUGUACCUGUUACAAACUUCUUCGGUUCAGUCAUGGAAACAAUACAUAUUGAUGCAGCCUACAAAGCCCUUUCAAGGAAAAAUUCUGACAGGUUUGAAGCCCAAAAGUCUUUGGAUCAGUCAGUUCACCACGAGGAGAGAAGAAGUUUGAUAAAUAUAAUUGACCGGGAUGAGAUUCGCAACAUAAACGCAGAGGGUCAACAGGGUUCUUCUAAAUGUCCAUGGAGUACUUUGUAAACCAAGUUGCAAAAGGCUGAAAAUGUCGAUUCUAUAGUGAACUACGGCUUGGUAGCCAUGCUUCCUUUCUUGGUGUUUUCAACGUGGUUGUUUCUGUGAUCUCUCUCAUUAGACUUACUAACACGUGGAUGUUUCUCUAAAAUGUAUUUGCUUACUUUUGUUCAUAUUAUAAGAUAAAAUUAAUUCGAUUCCUUUUCUUCGACAAGUAAGUCGUUUGAUUCUAAAGUAAAAUAUCCAAUAUAAAAGCAUCAGUGCAUGAAGAACAAUUAAUCUGCACUUGUUUGAAAAAGCAAAAACAGAAA